AUGCGAGCAAUGCAUCCCAUUAUCAUUGAUUGCGUGAAGAGAUUAGAGAAAUAUUUGGAGCAGAAGUCGAGGAAUGGAGAGGACGUGGAGAUGAAGAAAGCGAUGGGCAAUCUGACGAUGGAUGUGAUCGCUUCGUGUGCUUUCGGCACUAAAAUAGACACUCAUAACGACCCCAACAAUGAGUUUGUAACGAUGGAUGUGAUCGCUUCGUGUGCUUUCGGCACUAAAAUAGACACUCAUAACGACCCCAACAAUGAGUUUGUAGUGAAUGCACAAAAAGUAUUUCGAGGGAAUUGGAGGAUUUGGGUCUUCUUUCUGCUGUACACCACUUUCCCUAAAAUCCUUGAGUGGACAGGAUUUGAACAGACAGACCCGAGUGUUAAGAAAUUCUUCUCUACAGCCAUUAAGUCAAUCGUGGAAAGGCGUAAAUCGGAGAAAACCAAACACAGAGAUUACGUACAGCUUAUGAUUAACGCACAAAACAAGAAACAAGACAUCGAUGAACCAGAAGUGGAUGACUUGAAUGAAGAGAUCUUCGGAAAAAUCGAUUCAACAGUUUUGAAGAAUAAAUUGAAAGGCGAUAUAACAGACGCCGACAUAUUGGCCACAAGUUUUCUAUUCUUUGUGGCCGGAUAUGAGACGACUGCCUCUCUCUUAACGUUUAUGUCCUACAGAUUAGCUUUGGAUCAAAAGUGUCAGCAAAAGCUAUACGAAGAAGUGAGUCGUUUCGACGGAAAGUAUGAUUACGAGAGUAUCUCGAAAAUGCCAUAUUUGGAGGCAUGUGUUGCCGAAACCCUGAGAAUCUAUAAUCCCGUUUCAGCCAUCGGUAGAAUUGCUAACGAAGACUAUACAAUCGGACUGAAGAUCCCGAAGGGAAUGCUCGUCAACUUUGACAUUCAAAGCCUUCAUCACAGCCCUAAGUAUUACCCAAACCCUGAUCGUUGGGAUCCGGAGAGGUUUAUGCCCGAGAAUAAGGACCAAUUGGUUCCAUACACUUAUAUGCCGUUCGGGACGGGACCCCGAAAUUGUGUGGGAAUGAGGUUUGCCUUAAUGGAGGCCAAGACAGCGAUAGCCUAUUUGGUUAAUAAAUUCAAAUUCUUAUUUGACUCGAAAUUUCAAGUUUUGGAGUUCCCGUGGAAUCGAUGGCCCAAAACCAGUACCACUUUUGGCACAUUUCUUGGCGAUCGACCCGUUCUAGUGGUGGCCGACCCCGAGUUCAUCAAAGAGAUGAAUAUAAAAGAUUUUCAUGUAUUUGUCGACCGGAAUGACUUCGUGACCGGAGACCCACUUAACGACAGAUCACUAUUUAAUCUGUUGGGAGACGAGUGGAAGAAUAUGCGAUCAGUGAUAAGUCCGACCUUCUCAAGUGGCAAAAUGCGAGCAAUGCAUCCCAUUAUCAUUGAUUGCGUGAAGAGAUUAGAGGAGUAUUUGGAGAAAAAGGCCGCAAAUAAAGAAGAGUUAGAAAUGAAGAAAAUAAUGGGAAACCUGACGAUGGAUGUGAUCGCUUCGUGCGCUUUCGGCACUAAAAUAGACACUCAUAACGACCAAAAGAGAAAUGAAUUCAUAGUAAACGCACAGAAAGUGUUUCGCGGAAAUUGGAGGGUUUGGCUAUUCUUUAUCGGUGUAACCAGUNUGAAGAAAAUAAUGGGAAACCUGACGAUGGAUGUGAUCGCUUCGUGCGCUUUCGGCACUAAAAUAGACACUCAUAACGACCAAAAGAGAAAUGAAUUCAUAGUAAACGCACAGAAAGUGUUUCGCGGGAAUUGGAGGGUUUGGCUAUUCUUUAUCGGUGUAACCAGUUUCCCUAAAUUGGUCAAAUGGGCUGGAUUCAAACUAACUGACCCGGGUGUUCAAAGAUUCUUUAUGUCAGCGAUUAAGUCAAUUAUGGAUAGACGGAAAUCAGAGAAAACCAAACACAGAGAUUACAUACAACUCAUGAUUAACGCACAGAACAAGAGUGUGGAGACCGAUGAACAAGAAGUGGAUGACUUGAAUGAAGAGAUCUUCGGAAAGACUGAUCCGACAGAAGCUUUGAAAUUAACAAAUAAGACCAAAAUGGAUGUGACAGACAUCGACAUUCUGGCCACGAGUUUCAUAUUUUUUGUGGCCGGGUACGAGACAACGGCGACACUCCUAUCGUUUUUGUUUUACAAUUUGGCGGUCAAUGAGAAAUGUCAACAAAAAUUAUACGAAGAGAUUAAAUCAUUUGACGGCAACUUUGAAUACGAGAGUAUCUCCAAAAUGCCAUAUUUGGAGGCAUGUGUUGCCGAAACACUCAGACUUUAUAAUCCA